AUGAACCCUUAAAGUAAAGUAAUUCUUCCAAAAUAUUACUCUAAAAUAAAUCAAAAUAUGCCAAAAGAAUAUUGGAAUUAUGAAGAAUUUGAAAAUGAAUGGGGAAACAUAGAUAAUUAUGAAGUCAUAAGAAAAAUAGGAAGAGGAAAAUAUUCCGAAGUAUUUGAUGGAAUAAGUGUAACCCCAUAAAAAAGAAUAGUAAUAAAGGUACUUAAGCCAGUAAAGAAAAGCAAAAUAAAACGAGAAAUAAAAAUUUUGUAAAUACUCAAAGGAGGUCCUAAUAUAGUUGAAUUAUAAGAUGUAGUAAGAGAUUCGGCAUCAAAAACACCAGCUUUAAUUUUCGAAUAUGUUGAAAAUGUUGACUUUAGAAGUUUAUUUCCAUAAUUAACUGAUUAUGAAAUAAGAUAUUAUUUAUAUGAACUUAUGAAAGCCUUAGAUUACUGUCAUAGUAAAGGAAUAAUGCAUAGAGAUAUUAAACCAUAAAAUAUAAUCGUAGACCCAAAAAAUAAAAUUUUGAAAUUAAUUGAUUGGGGUUUAGCUGAAUUUUAUCAUCCUGAAUAAAAUUAUAAUGUUAGAGUAGCUUCUAGAUAUUUUAAAGGACCUGAACUUCUUGUUGAUUAAAAUUAUUAUGAUUAUUCUUUGGAUAUUUGGAGUUCAGGUGUUAUGUUUGCUUCUAUGAUUUUUAAAAAAGAACCGUUCUUUUAAGGAGCUGAUAAUUAAGAUUAAUUAGUUAAAAUUGCCAAAGUAUUAGGAACUGAGGAUUUACAUAAAUACAUUAAAAAAUAUGAUUUAGUUUUAGAUCCUUUAUACAAUAAAAUAUUAGGAAAUUAUCCAAAAAAACCAUGGAACAAAUUUACAAAUGAUGAGAAUAAACAACUCUGUAAUGAUUAAGCAAUUGAUUUAUUGUCUAAAAUGCUUAUUUAUGAUCAUGCUUAAAGAAUAACACCAAAGGAUGCUAUGGAACAUCCAUAUUUUGAUAUAGUCAAAGGAACUAAUUAAAUUCAAAAAAAAUGAAACGGAGAAUAUUAAAUAUAUAAAGGAAUCUUAAAAAAAAUAUUUCAUAUAAAGCAUAUACAAAUAAGUUUUUUUUAUAAAAUAUUC